AAAUCAUCACUUCUACUCUAACAACUUAAGCGCCGUAUUCAUGGUAAACAUUUGUUUAGCAACAAAGUUGAAUCAACGUGUUGCGGAGUUGCUGUCAACAUGUUGCUGGCAACACUGCGUGGACAGCAUCAUGUUGACGAGCUUAAACAUAGUUGCUAGCAACAUUCUCGCCGCUCAUCAACAAUGUUUAGCAACUGUUGCUAAACAAAUGUUUACCAUGAAUACGGGGCUUAACCAUCCGUGAGAUAUCGCGGUUUUAAUUAACAUCUAUUUUAGCAAAACAACGCAUGCGUAGCUCCCUUUGUAUGGGUUUAGGAGGCUAAAGGCGAUAAGACAAAUGGAUUACGUCGUGGUGGAAACAUCGACAGGCAGGGCAUUGGCCAUGAGAGGACACGUCCAAAGGACAUGGGGAAUAAUUCAAUAAAAUACAUAUUUAUUAUUUGUAGUGCACCCAGUUUAGAAAUGUCAUGAAUAUCUCGCGUGACUAAUAGCGAUUUGGUUUUAUUUUAUGGUUUUAUUUAUUUCAUUUGAAAUGGUGUAUCAUUCGUGCUGCGCCCCUCAUUAGUAACAAAAUAGAAUGUUGCAUUGGUCACGCGCGCUGGACACAAUGGCGAGUGAUGUUCGCGCAGCAAGCAAUCAGCGCGGCGCCGUCACUCGGCCGCGCAGCAUGCUGCACCGCGCGCGCCUGCUGCUGCUGGCGACUGCUGCCGCCGUCUCCGCCGCACUCUCUGCUGGACACAACCUGCGAGAUACACUCCCAACGAAUUGUGGCUCCGCCAGUUUCGGCACGCCGACGGGGACCGCGCAGCGACUGAUCGAGACGCAGCUCAAGCCCGGGGUGGCCGACUGGAAUAUCGUAGUGCCCAUGCCGCCGGCGUGCGAGAAUGCCGAGGUGACCGGCGUCGACAUGACUGUAUGCGAUUCUGACGCGGCGCCCGAAGUCACUAUGAGCGACGCUUUGACGGCGCGGGUGCACCGCACAGGCCAGCUCGCCGACUUCGCAGCCGUCAACGUUACCGUCCACUGCAUCCCGCCCGCGGCGAGCAAGAGCCCCACCACCGCACCCGCCCCCCCCGCACCGACCACACCGCCUGCUCCUCCGUCCACCACGGACGCUAGGUCUACUUAUGAGAUGUUUUCAGAUGAACUGAUUUCAAAUGAGGAGAUCCCUAACGAGACCCCGCCUAACUAUUUCAUGGACUACGACUUAACAUCGAAUGAGUUGAUGACACCGACGACGGCUGCACCGACCACAGCGACACCACCACUGCCAGAGGCCACCACGCUGCAAUUCGAAACAACGUCUACAACAGAACUGGUCACAACUACACGAAAAAAAAAGAUUCGACCCAAGGUUAAAAAACCACGUACACUUAAAGUUACGAUAAAAAUAGCACCAAUGAAGCAUGAUGUUAAGGAAAAGGAUGGGGUACUGAAGUCUGUCGGUGCAGAGCCUUUAUCUCAUAAAGACAAGCCAGACCAAGAAGUGUCGUUCCAGAGCUCCGAAUAUCCAUCGUACAUGGAGACCCCGCCGCGGUUCGCAGUAGAUCCUCCGGCCCGCCACAAGCGGCGCCACCGGCACGGGCCCCGGCCGCCGCGCGCGCCGCGCUGGCUCGCCGAGCGGCCCGCGCCCUACGACACUGCGCUGUACGGCGCGGUGAUGUCUCCGUACUCAGUGCUCGGCUCCACCAGACUACUUGGGCCGCGGCUAUUGUACUGGCUGCGUCACAGGCCUACCGUGUUUUUAAGUCACUAUUAAGUAUUUUUAAUAAAUGUUCAUAUUAAAAUUCAGUGCGAUUCUCUGCUGUUUGUAAUAUUGCAGUUUUAUCAAAAUACUUGUGUAGUCUUUUAACCAAUUUUGAAAAGAAUUUGAUUUGUUGACCACGGGAUGCUUCUGCAAAAAUUUUGUAAAAUCAUUACGAAUUUAGAAGUACAUAGUUCCGUAAGCUAAGGUAAAUAAUAAUAUAGAUAUUCAAUAGAGACCGCACUAGAGCGUGUUUAGGUGUCGUGGUGGCACUUGAGGUGGCUGUAGUCCUUCUGUUUAACCCCUGACGCAAAAAGAGGGGUGUUAUAAGUUUGACGUGUCUGUCUGUCUGUGGCAUCAUAACUCCCGAACGCAUGCAGUGAUUUCAAUCUAGUUUUUUUUAUAUUAAAGAUGACUUAUGUGCGAGUGUUCUUAGACAUGUUUAGUGAUAACCUGCCCUACCUAUAAAAAGUAUGAAAUAAAUAAUAAAAUUAAAAAAACCCUGACACAACAACUUAAGUAAUUCCCCUUUAAAAAGUAAAUAGUAAUAAAAUAAUAAGUUGUGUCGGGGGUUUUUUAAAUAUUUAAUUUAAUUCUUUGUUCCCUUACAAAUUCGGGGAUGUUUGCCACCACUGUUUGGCAUCGUAGUUACAAUUAAAUGAUAUCGUUUGGUCUUCUCAUUUACUUUGUCGGUAAGGUUUCGAGAAACAUAUCUUCAUACUACUAAUUAUAUAAGAAGAAUGUUUAAUCAGUAUGUCUCGCUCGCACACAAUCAUGUUGGGUGAAACAGCAUGCAUAUUUGCCACACGAGUGGUACGACCUUUAAACCUUCCAAAAAAUAGCGUAAGUACUCCUUUUUUAAAGGCCGGCGACGCACCUGUGGCUUCUCUAGUGUUGCGGGUGUUAGGUGACCAGGCUGGUCAACACCUCGUUUGCCCCCCUAUACCAUAUAUAUAAAAAUAGAGAUAAUUUGAAUGAAAUUUUAGUUUUGUACUACCGAGAAUCAUAAUUACUCAUAAGAUUUAU